GGAGCGGUCUGGGGCACCGGUUUCAAAGUCGCAGGGCGGGCCGAGUGGACUUCCGCUGCUGGACCCGGGCUUCUCGGUCUUCCUGGCGUCGUUCCCCGCCCCUCCAAGGAUGCCGCCCCCCGGCUGCCCGCCAGCUCUCUCGGCUCUCUCCUGAGUGGCCCGACACGACCCCGAGUGACCCGCGGGACGUCCAAUAUAUCCAGCCGCGUCCCUGGUCCUGUUUGGCUGGGAUUCGGGUGAACGUGAAACAAUUCACUUGGCGGGUCCGCAGCAAGCCUGAAAUUUGGUGUCUCGCUUGAGCGAGGGACUGGGCUGGGACUCGGGAGAAGGAGGCGCGGCGGGGCUGUUGACGCCGCGUGAGUAGGAUGCUGAUCACACCGCUCGAGUGCUAGACAGCCUCCGGAGCUUUGCCUUAGUUCUGCUUUCCCGCACUGCGAGCUUUGUGUUUUUUUGAGAAAAGUUAAAGGUGGUGAAAGCUCCAAACAAAUUGCAUCCAAAUGGCCACAGAAAUCGACUUUCUGCGAGAUCAAAACCAAAGACUAAAUGAAACGCUUAGGCGGUAUCAAACGGAAAAUAUUUUGAAAUAUUCAACCAUACAGAAAGGUGUAUUCAAAGGAGAUGGAGAUGACACAUUAGAAAACUCGGCAGCUGACCAAAGCUUUUUAGUUCCACUUAUAACUGAGCAUGAUAAGCAUUUGGAAGAACUGAAUGGUCAGCUGAAAUAUUAUCAGAAGCAGAUGGGUGAGAUGAAACUACAGUUUGAAAAUGUCAUCAAGGAAAAUGAAAGGUUGCGCAAUGAAUUCAAAGAUGCUGUUGUUGAAAAACAAUUGGAGGCCCUUCCCUUUGGCACAGAGAUGGGAAAUGAGAUAUAUACAGAUGACGAAACAGUCAGGAAUCUUCAAGAACAACUAAAACUGGCCAAUCAGGAGAAAGCUCGGGCUGUGGAACUCUGGCAGACUGCUUCUCAGGAGUUUUACAAUCUACAGAAACUUUACCAGGAACAUAUGACUGAGGCCCAGAUUCAUGUUCUUGAAAGUCAAAAGCAAAAGGAUAAGCUGACAAGUUUUCAGCAGCUGACCAAGCAUCUUCAUGUUACGAAUGAGAACGUAGAAAUGACUAAUCAACAUUUUCUGAAAACAGUAACUGAACAAAGUGCGGAAAUCGAGCAGCUCCGAAAACAACUUAGGCAAGCCAAGUUAGAUUUGAGAGUUGCAGCAGCAAAAGUGGAAGAGUUAACUAAAGUGACUGAAGACCUUCAAGGCCAGAUGCAGAAGAAGGAAGAGGAUAUAGUUUCUGCCCAAGGAAGAGAAGAAGCAUCAGAUAGGCGCUUACUGCAGUUACAAUCUAGUGUAAAACAAUUAGAAACAAGAUUAUCUGUGGCAAUUAAUGAAGCCACCCAGUUAAGAGCAGAACGAACACAUCUGGAGAAACAGACCAGAGCGUUACAAGCAAAGUGCAGUGAAUUAGAAGCUGAGAAAUACGAAGCAAUUGUAAGAGCCAGAAACAGCAUGCAACUCCUAGAAGACGCUAACCUUCAAAGAAAUAAGGCUCUGCUUGAGGAUAAGCAAAAACAAGAAGAAAUAGAGAAAAUGAAAGAAACAGUUUCUCAGAUUGUGCAAGAUGCUGCCAUAAGAACCAAGAAGGUGAUUAUAAACACAAGAAAACAAUAUAAUGUACAGAUUUCUCAACUAACAGAAGAACUUUCAGCCCUUCAAAUGCAGUGUGCUGAAAAACAAGAUCAAAUCGAACGAGCCAUCAGGGAGAAAAAAGCAGUGGAAGAAGAACUAGAAAAGAUUUACCGUGAAGGCAGAAUAAAUGAAAAUGAUUACAGAAAACUAGAAGAAAUGCACCAAAGAUGCCUGGUUGCCGAGCGUUCAAAAGAUGAUCUUCAGCUGAGACUUAAGACAGCAGAAAAUAAAAUCAAACAACUUGAAAUAAAUUCCUCGGAAGAGAUAUCACGUUGCCAAGAAAUGAUUCAGAAGCUUCAAAAUAUAUUGGAGUCAGAGAGAGAGAACUGUGGAUUUGUCAAUGAACAAAGGUUGAAACUUCAGCAGGAAAAUGAAGAGUUACAGAAACAGACUGAGGAUUUGAGAAAGAGUGCUCUCGAGGUUCAAAAAAAAGCCAAAUUAAAGAUCAGUACAAUGGAGCAUGAAUUUUCAAUAAAGGAACAUGGAUUUGAAGUUCAGUUAAGAGAGAUGGAAGACAGUAAUCGAAAUUCCACUGUUGAACUGAGGCAUCUCUUAGCUACUACACAGAAAGCAGCCAAUAGGUGGAAAGAAGAAACGAAGAAACUCACUGAAAGUGCAGAAAUUAGAAUCAGUAAUCUAAAGAGUGAGCUGAGUCGACAGAAACUUCAUACCCAGGAGCUGCUUUCUCAGCUGGAAAUGGCAAAUGAAAAGGUAGUUGAGCAUGAAAAGUUAAUCCUAGAGCAUCAGGAAAAAUCCAACAGACUUCAGAGGCGACUGAGUGAAGCCGAACAGAGAGCUGCUUCGGCCUCCCAGCAGCUCAGUGCAAUUACAGUGCAGAGAAGAAAAGCAGCCUCCAUGAUGAAUCUGGAAAAUAUGUAAAGUUAUUCAGCGUUCACUCACAGAACCCUACAACUAGGGAAGCGGUUGACCAGAAGUGUAUUAAAAUGGUAAAACCUGCGUAGAGUGUCAUUUUGCACAAGCGUUUUCCAUUCUCUUUGGAGGGUUAUUGGAAAACAGAAGAGUGACAGCUUCCUGUAAGUAAAGAAAAGAUAAUCCGAUAUUGAGCUUCAGUGGAGAAUAAAGCCAGCUGGGAAGAACGCAUUGCCUUCAUCAACGUGUCUAUUUUUUAAUUUCUCCUUUUUCCCUUGGAAAAGCAUCAUAAUUUUCAAACUAUGCUAAUCAUGAGAAAGAGUUUUUUAAAAAUGCAAGAAUUUUAGUAUUUCAGCCUUCAGGAUUUGAGAAUUUCACAUCUGUUACUCAUAACUCAUUUUUAAAGUUCCCAAGUAUCUGUUUUAUUAUGAACUCACAUGUAAUAAAUUAUGUACU